CAAGGCAAGUCUAUUUAUAUAGCACAUUUCAUACACCGUGGUAAUACAAUGUGCUUCACAAAAAUACACAGUGGCAAUACAAUGUGCUUAACAUAAAUUAAAGCAAAAGGUCAGUACAUGAUCAUAAAAACAGUAAAUGAUAGGAAAUAAAAUAAUGAGAACAGUAAGGGAUAAAACCAGUAACAUAUAGGAAAUAAAAGCAUACAAAAGAAUAAUUAAAAUCAUUAGUCUACUACAGUAAGCAAUAAUGCUUCAAGGAACUGUUCAUAGCCAGUUAGCAGAAGGCAUCUGAGAAAAAGUUUGGUCUUAAGUCUAGAUUUAAAACUCGGAAUAGUUUGAGCGUUUUUUAUGUCUUCUGGAGGUUGGUUCCAGAGAUGAACCGCAUAGUGGCUGAGUACUGCUUCACCCUGUUUAGUUCGGACAGUAGGUUUUACUAAUAGAUAUUUCUGCUAUUCUGAGAGAACGGGAAUGUAUAAACAGUUUGGAUGUAACGACUGGAGAAAAGUAAUGUUGCUGUAACAUUGAACCAGUGUGGAAAAUAAAUCCUCAGAAAGAAUCAGUUGCCAUUUAUUUACUCAUCAGCUGCAGAGGGAAAGGAAAGGGAGUAGUUAAGAACACUCUGACCCUGGAGCAGUGAACAAAGUCUCCCCUGUAAUCCGACUAUGGUCAGAGACAGACAGACAGACAGACAGACAGAUAAGAGCAGGAAAGAUUAACAAUCUUCAACUCCAUCUGGAAGUGCUUCACGUUCUCGACACAAGCUUCGAAGCAGGUUGAAUGUUUCUUCACACGGAAGUUGAUCUAAAGUUGGUGAAAGGCAACCGACACCAGAUGAACGUUUUAUCAUGAGUGACAGUCAGAACCACGAAGGUGCUGCUGAACUUAAGCAGGGAGAUAGUAAUGACUGUCGGACGAACAACAGUCCUCCCUCGGAAUGUUUGGACCUUGUGCCAACCAUAACACAACAGAGAGAAUAUGUUUUAUCUCCUCCUGGGCCAAUCGAGAUCACGUCCGUGACACAUGACACCGUGUCUCUGAGCUGGGAACCUUCUCAAGGACUGACUGAAUCUAUGAGAUUCAGAGUCACCUGGAAGUGUGAAAGCACAGGAGAUCUGCUCUGUUCUGAAGUGUCAGUUGCAAAUAUUUGCAUUCAAGGCCUCACUCCAGGAGUGAAAUAUGAAUUUACUGUAGUCACCAUCAAUGACAGUGGUGGGCAAAGUACCAAAGUAGUUUCAACAGCCCAAACAACAGAUGUUCUUGUGCCAAAGGAACUGACUGUGAACGAAGUGACCACAUCAUCAGCUCACCUUAGCUGGACUCUGCCACAUGAGGUGGACCUGACUCCUCAUAGUUUCCGCAUAUCUUACUCCAGUACAGGGAAAGAUGAAGAGUUUAUCUCCACUUCCUCGUACAGCACAGUCAUCACAGGCUUGCAACCAGACACAGACUACACUGUCAAUGUCUCCGUUGUGUGCCACAGUGGAAUUUGCCAGCCUGCCUCAAUCACCAUCCAUACUAGCCAUGUACAUGGAAAACCUAGUGGCUCGGACAUGGCCAUAAACAAUUCCAGCCAAUCAACACGUUGGCCCGGGAGCACGAAGGGAGAUCUCCCUACUCCUGGGCAAAUCAAGAUCAAGUCCGUGGCACAUGAUGCUGUGUCUCUGAGCUGGGAACCUCCUGAAGGACUGACUGAGUCUCUGAGAUUCAGAGUCACCUGGAAGUGUGAAAGCACAGGAAAACUGCUCUGUUCUGAAGUGCCAGUUCCAAAUAUCUGCAUUCAAGGCCUCAGUCCAGAAGUGAAAUAUGAAUUUACGGUAGCCACUAUCAAUGACAGUCGUGGACAAAGUACCAAAGUAGUUUCAACAGCUCAAACAACAGAAGUUCCUGUGCCAAAGAAACUGACCGUGGAUGAAGUGACCCCAACAUCAGCUCUCCUUUUUUGGGCUCUGCCAUAUAACAUGGACCUGACUCCUCAUAAAUUCCUCAUAUCUUACUCUAGUGCAGGGAAAGGUCAAACAUGUAUCUCCACUCCCUGGUACAGCACAGUCAUCACAGGCUUACAACCAGAAACAGACUACACUGUCAGUGUCUCUGUUGUGUGCUACAGUGGAACUUUCCAGCCUGCUACAACUGACUUCCAUACUAAUGGUGUUGCGAGACCUUCUAAAGACCAACAACUAUCCACCACCUCCGCCCCUCAAGACUCAUGGGAAAUUCUGACCUCGACAGAUGGUGAUGAGAGACCUUCUAAGGACAAGCAACCCUCCACCACCUCUACUUCUGAAGGUGUUUCAGCCCCGGAGAAUCUGACGGUAGACUCAGUGACUGCUACAUCUGCUAAUCUCAGCUGGAGUCUGUCCUGUGGAACCUAUCAGACUCCACACAGUUUCCUGAUCUCUUACCACAGUGAAGGAACUGCACCCCAGACCAUCUCUACAAAUUCAUGCAGUGCAGUCAUCACAGGCCUGAAACCAGAAACUGGGUACACUGUCAGUGUCUCCACUGAAAACCAACUUAGAGAAAAAAGCCAACCGGCAAGUGUCAGUAUCCUCACAGGUGUUCCAGCUCCGGAGAACCUGACGGUAGACUCAGUGACUGCUACAUCUGGUAAUCUCAACUGGAGUCUGUCCUGUGGAACCUAUCAGACUCCACACAGUUUCCUGAUCUCUUACCACAGUGAAGGAACUGAACCCCAGACCAUCUCUACAAAUUCAUGCAGUGCAGUCAUCACAGGCCUGAAACCAGAAACUGGGUACACUGUCAGUGUCUCCACUGAAAACCAACUUAGAGAAAAAAGCCAACCGGCAAGUGUCAGUAUCCUCACAGGUGUUCCAGCCCCGGAGAACCUGACGGUAGACUCAGUGACUGCUAAAUCUGCUAAUCUCAGCUGGAGUCUGUCCUGUGGAACCUAUCAGACUCCACACAGUUUUCUGAUCUCUUACCACAGUGAAGGAACUGAACCCCAGACCAUCUCUACAGAUGCAUGCAGUGCAGUCAUCACAGGCCUGAAACCGCACACUGAGUACACUGUCAGUGUCUCCACUGAAAACCAACAUAGAGAAAAAAGCCAACCUGCAAGUGUCAGUAUCCUCACAGGGCCUUCAGGGAAGACAUAUUACACUCUUGCUCCUGGAAAGUCGGCGGAAUACUCUAAGGAUAUCGAAACAUGGCUCAAACCACUAACUAAGGCGAAAUCGGCACAGAGUUGUGAUAUCAUCCUGGCUCUCUGCCUGGUUGUGUCUCGUGUUGGAACAGAUGUUGAAGCAGCACUGAAAGCCAUCCCUGAUUCCAAGCCGACCAUUCUUGUGGUUCUGCACCAUACCUUUGAUCCUGAUCAUGUAGUACCAGACAGCAGUAGGUUUACAAAAAGGGAGGACAUGCUCAUUGUGGACUGUCUGUUUAAUGAGGAUGAUGGAUUAUUGAGAUGUGAAAGAAAUGGCAUUUCACAAUCCACAAUGUUGAAAUGGGUCGACACAAAGGUGUCCAUUAAAGAAAAACCAUGGAGAGCUGUUUCUUCAUUCUUUAAUUGGCCCUGAUGUCUAUGAAGUCAUUUGAAGUCGGCCUUGGAGGAUCCCAUGAUCAUCCCGUUCUUAAAAAUGCUCCGGUCAUCAAAGAAUUUGUAUAUACUUAUAUACUAUAUUGAAAAUAUUGCAUAUUAUAUACAUUACAUAUAUUCACAAACGUUGGUAUGCAGCAUGCCUUUUUUUCACUCUAAAUGAUAUACUAAUCUUAAACUAAUACAAAAAUAAUAAGCUAACUUAGCUUAAAAUGUUGAAAAGAAUAUUUCAUCUUUAACUUCAUGCCCUUUAAUUUUUUUUCAUGCCACUGUCUAGCUAGGUAUCUAAAAUUGUGUAUAUUGUGUAGUGGAACAGAUGAACAGCUACACAGUUCUCUUGCAUACAGACCACGACCCAGAGCGGACACACCUAAGUUAGUAUCACACAGUAUGCCACAAAACACAUGUUGUGGCUCCUGACAGCAGAGCCUACACACUACAUUUGGAGCGAGCAUGGCAGACAUUUAAGGCGGGAAUACUGGCUCAGCAGGCACCACACAUUUCACAUAAUAGGCCGUCUAUUACAUGACGUUAGGAAAUAGGCUGUCCAUAACUGUUAAACUCAAAUUAGCUCUCAGUAUUCAUGCUCCACGUGCAAAAGGUGGGUGGAGUGCAGUUAUAGGUUAUAGGUAAUUUUGAUAAUCUUCAGGACAACAUUUAAGUCAUGUAUAUUGUUGUGUAAUGUUUAGAUAUAAAUAUUGGCCGUUCACGUGAUGCUACAGUGAUGAUCUAACUUUAUUUAAUUUUUUAAAAGCCCAAACUAUUGAAAUGCAGAUUCGACUUGAUGGAUAGGAAUGGGAAAUCAUUUACAUUUAGGGUGUAUUGAAAUUGAGCUUACAAUAAUAAGAUGCACAAGUCAUUUGGAAACCACUGUUGCACUGGUUUUUAUUUUCUGCACAAAAUAAUGUUAUUGAAAUUCAUGUUGCAUUAAUAAAAAGAAAAUUCUGAGCAAAA